AUGAUGAAAACAUCAGCAGAAGACAAGGGAGCCAGGGAUGACUCAGGCCCCAUCGGAGAUAGCAGUGAAGAGAGACAAGAGACACAUCUCUGUCAGGCCAUUCCCCUGCAAAAGUGCCUCCCACUCCCAGGGAUCAGCAUCCUUGACAAACUCAUCAAGACGUGUCCUGUCUGGCUUCAGCUGAACAUGAGCCAGGAAAGGGCUGCUGCGAUCCUUGGCAAAGAAACAGCAGGGAUAUUCUUGGUUAGGAAAGAGAGUAAUGUGAACAACAUGGUCCUUGCAGUUCGCCUGCCGGUGCAGAACGAGGCUCCUGGUGUGCUCGAGUACAACAUUAAAGAAGAAAAAUCAAUCCUGUACCUGGAAGGAUCUGUCCUUGUAUUUGAGGAUGUCUUCAAACUGGUUGCCUUCUACUGUGUCAGUAGGGAUUUGCUGCCCUUCACCCUCAAGCUGCCACAAGCAAUAUUAGAAGCCAGAAGCUUUCAAGACCUUGAAAUUAUCUCAAGUCUGGGGAUAGAUUUCUGGGAUUCCUACCUAAACCACAGAAGAAGAGCAGAGUUAUCCCACCCUGCAAAAGACUCUGCUUUCAGCACUGCCCCAGCAGACACUUUAAGAUCUACCCAGUGUUUUGCAAGUAGCACAAACCACUGCUCAUGUGAAAUUGAGCUGUCAAUAGGAAAUGACAGGCUGUGGUUCGUGAAUCCUAUUUUUAUAGAAGAGUGCAGUAAUCCUUUUCCUCCAGAUGUACCUCCUCCUAAAAGCCAUGGUGCUGGUGUCGAUCUGCCCUCUGCCACCAUGCCCACUGAGAGGAGGUCUCCCCGCCGGCCCCCUCCACCUCCACCUUCACACCCUCCUGUUCAGAGAUCUUCCCUGAAGCUCCCGCAGGAUCCCAUGGCUGCCUGUGAAGAAAACAAGCUGCUUCUUAAGCCACUAGGAAAGAGCAUCGAGGAAAUGAAAAUUGAGGGCGGUGACAAUAAAGAAGAAAGGAAGCAGAGCUGCUCCGUCAAUGAGCCCUCAGCAGUGAGCCCCUGGAAGGGCUCACAGCCCUCUGUCCCCCCACGGAGGCGGCUGAGUGAGAAGACCUCAGAGGAGAGCUGUGUGGGGAAGCCUGGAAGUUGUGAAACGCUGAAAGGGGAACAGACAGAAGAAAAACAAGACACAAGUACAGAGAGCAGAGAUAAAAAGCUGCUGUGCAAAAACACUGUAGAAAUGCCUGGGGAGGUUCCUGAACGGACUGUAUCAUGGUUAAUGGAGACAAAGCCUGAACCUGCAGAGAAGAAGCAGAACAUGCCUGAGAUACAGAUCAAUGCCAUUGAGAAAGGAAAAUCACCUCCUGUCCCACCACCAAGAAGGAAAAGGAUUUCCCAGGUACCGAGGAUCCUCAACUCCUGCCAGUCCACGCAAAGAGCAGAGGCAGACACAGCCAUUGCCACAGCACAGGCUGUGUGCAAGGACAGCCCAGCUGCAGUUUCAGGUGGUGCCACUUGCACGCACACCAAAACUGAACCGGGACAUGGCCGCAAGUCCAUCAGCUCAGCAGAACUGAAAGGUUCCCACUUGUCCCUGGAGGGCCCAGGAGGCAGUGCCACGGCUCAGGCAUCAGCGUCUGAGCCAGACUCCUACUCCACCAGCAGCACAGAGGAUGACCUGGAGGUGCUGAGUAGUCCAUCCGGUAAAAAGACACGCUCUGUGAUCUUGGGCAAGGCUAAGAACAGGCUGUCCUUUGUGAGCCUGUCCAACGUCUUCACCGUCUUUUUGUCUAGUGACAGGAAGCUGCAAAAGAAGAUAGUGGAGCUGGCACAGGACAAGGAUUCGUACUUUGGCAAUCUGGUGCAGGACUACAGAGUGUACAGUUUAGAAAUGAUGGGAAAGCAGAGCUCCAGCACGGAGAUGCUGCAAGAAAUCCGGUUGAUGAUGACGCAGCUGAAGAGUUACUUGGUGCAGAGCACUGAGUUGAAAUCUCUAAUAGACCCAGCCUCCUACACCGAGGAACAAUUAGAAGUGAUUGCUGAGACAGCUUUGUACAAAUGUGUCCUGAAACCUUUAAAGGAAGCCAUUAAUUCUCACUUGAAAGAAAUACACAACAAAGAUGGUUCUUUACAGCAGCUGAAAGAGAACCAACUCGUGAUCCAAAACACAACUACCACUGACCUAGGCAUCACGACCAGUGUGCCUGAAACUGUUGUGCUGGAAAAGAUCAUUCACAAGUUCACAACCAUGCACAAGACCUACUCCCCAGAAAAGAAGAUUGCCAUCUUGCUGAAGUCCUGCAAACUCAUCUAUGACUCCAUGUCUCAGGGAAACCCAGGGAAGCCCUAUGGUGCAGAUGACUUCCUCCCCGUGCUCAUGUAUGUGUUGGCCCGCAGCAACUUGACUGAAGUCCUUCUGAAUGUGGAGUAUAUGAUGGAGCUUAUGGACCCUGCUCUGCAGCUAGGGGAAGGUUCCUAUUAUUUAACCACCACCUAUGGGGUCCUGGAGCACAUCAGGAACUACGACAAGAUCACUGUCACGCGGCAGCUGAGCGUGGAGGUUCAGGACUCCAUCUACCGCUGGGAGCGACGGAGGACGUUGAACAAGGCCCGUGCUUCCCGCUCAUCAGUGCAGGAUUUCAUCUCCAUCUCCUUUAUGGAAAUUGGUGCUCAAUCAAGGACACUUGCUUCCCGGAACGACACCACGGCUGAGCAGCUGAGCAAGCAGUGUGCUGAGAAGUUUGAAGUCUCCCAUCCCACGGACUAUAGACUCUUUGUUUAUGUUGAUGACCAGUGGCUGCAGCUGGACAAAAAUGCCCUUCCUCACCACAUCAAAGCCUCCCUGCUGAAGAGUGAAACCAAGAAAGAUUUCCAUUUUAUUUAUAAACCAAUAGACCAUAAAACCCCAUCAGUGCCAAUUGUCAAAGAGUCAGACUUUGCCUAA